AUGGAAGAGUUGAAGCAGUUUCAUCAUGCUGUUUAUGAGGCAGUGAUGAAUAAGAAUCCUAAGAAUUGUAGCCGUGCUUUCUUCAAGUGCACAUCACUGUGCGAAGAUGUGUCGAACAACUUCUCUGAGUCGUACAACAACACUAUCAACCAAGCAAGAGAGAUGCCAUUGGUAGCAAUGUUAGAGACGAUAAGAAGACAAUGCUUGAUCAGGAAUGAUAUGAGAAGAAAGAAGGCUGCAAAGCAUAAGGGAAAAUACAGUUUGAAAGUGGCCAAAACCAUAAAAGAAGAGCAGAGACACUUGAAGUAUUGUGAGGUAAUCCCUUGUGGCAAUGAGCAUUAUGAAGUGGCUGAACAUGUUCAUCAUGGUUUCAGGGUAGAUAUGAAUGCAAAAACAUGUGCUUGUAGAAGGUGGAGUAUGAUAGGGAUACCUUGUCGUCAUGUUUUGCGAGUAAUUGGGUUGAAGAAGAAUCAGAAGCCUAAAGAUUUUGUUACAUGUGACUGGUUAUUGACAUCAAGAUGGGUUGCUCAGUACAAUGAACAACUGAUGGGAGUUAAUGGUAUGUAUUUUUGGGAGAAAUCCGGUGAACAAGAGCUUCAGCCACCACCUAGAGAGAAAACUAAAGGGCGUACAAAGAAGCAGAAACGAAUCAAGGGGAAGAAUGAGUCUCCAAAGAAAAAGAGAAAGCAAGGAAAGGAAGUAGAAGAAGAGGCUCCUCCAAAGAAGGUGAAAAUAACUAGAGAAGGAAUCACUUUGCAUUGUUCUCAAUGUAGCAAGCCUGGACAUAACACAAGCUGUCAAAAUCCUGGGGUUCAAGGUAAGCAAGCUCAGCCAAGAAAGCGUCGAGGGGAAGGAGGUCCAAGUCAACCAAGUCAAGCCUCACAAGCAUCUCAGAUUUCACUUGGUGAUUAA